UUUUCUCAUCUCGCCAAAAUUCUCUCUCCAUUUCGCCAAAAUUCUCGUCUCCCAUGGCGAUCCUCCCCCAAUUCCUCGUCCUCCUCCUCGCGACCGGAUGCGCCUACGCCCUUGUCUCCUCCGAAACCCUAAAUCCCCCUGUUCCUAAGGCGAUCUCCGAUCUGAGGGACGCGAUCAUGAAGGGGCUAGGGUUCCAAUCGGAGGACUUCACGGUGUCGGGGUUCGACGUGCGGGACGCGCUGGUGGGGCAAGCGGUGGCGUACGAGUUCGACGUGGAGGUGGGGAAGGUUAGGGUUCCGGUGAAGCUCAUGGAGGACGUGAGCCGGUGGGACUUCGUCGACCUCCCGAUAUUCCGUGCGGCGGCGGAGGCGGGUGGGGAGGCGAAGGAAUUGGCGGAGAUUGGGCGGCGGAGGGUGGAGGAUGCUAGGGUUUCACCGACGCUCCCCCCGUUCCAGCUCGCGGGGCCAUUGGAGCUCUGGAUCCAGGAUGGGGACGAUGUGAGGCUCUCCUUACCGCAUGAUGUCGAAGCCGGUACACUGAAUAGAGUCAUGCUGUCCGACGGGGCGGUAGUGACAGUCAAGGGCGCCCGAUCGGUGAGCCUCCGCGACCCGCUCGAUCUCCCGCUUCCCCUCAACCGCUCCCACAAGGGCCGUCCACUGGCGUCGGGCCUCCUAACCUUAGCCCGUGCCCUCCGCCAGACCGCUCGGUCGAACCAGAAGCCCCUGCUCUCCCUCCGGAUCGUCGGCCCCACCUUCCUCACCUCCGCCCCCUCCCCCGCGCCCGACGACAAACUCAAAUUGAAGCUCAAGCGCCUCGCCCCCGGCUUGGUCGAACUCUCCUCCCGCACCGCCCCUGAAACCCUAACCCUAGACGACGACGUCGAACUAUCCCAUGCUUCCACCCUAUGGCCUCUAACGGCACUCAACGGUUCGAACCCUAACUUACGAGGUUUCGAGGAGUUGUUGUCCUCGGUGCUCGGGAAGAAGGGAGAUGAGGAGGGGUCUUUUAGGCUAGUCAAGGCGCAGGUCUCGGCACAAACCUACGUGAAGAUGGGCUUUGCGGUGGAGCAAGAGCUUCUCGACGGGCAAGCCGAUUGGUCCGGCCUUCCCGAGUGGAAAACAAAGCCGAAGAAGGGUAAGGCCCAUUUUGAGGUUCUUGCCCGUGUCGAAGAGGGCGGAAAGGUGAUUCCUGAGAAGAUCGCAGUGGUGCGGCCCUACGUGUCGCAGGAGGUCUUGGCGGAUAAUGUACAGGUGGGGAACGUGUCUGUGUCAACGACGGAGGUGCUUCACCCCCCACCGAUUUACUUCACACUCUGAUCAAGGCCUUUUAUACUUGGUUUAGUUUGCCAGAGGCGAAGGGGAAAAGAGAGAAAAUAAAAGAAGGUAAGAGAGAUGAGUGUACAGCAGCAACCGAUUUCUUUAGUUUUGUCAUUGGUUGCAAAAUGUAACUAAAUUAUGUGAGUUUUACAUUAUAUGUUCAAAGACAAUGCUUGAAAGAGAUUACCAACCAAAUACCUGUUUCAGCUAAUAUUUCUUUGGUAUAUGCUAUCUAGUGAGAUGGAUGAAACAAUAAAAAGCUCUUAGAAGUUGUAAACUGUGAUCAUAAGGUGUACUAUCCAAUUGUGAGAAAGCUAUUUUGCAAGUU